UCCUUCACUAUGCGGUAGAGCUAGGGUGAGUUGUGUUGCUAAGAUUUAACUAUCUUAAGUGAGCUUUGGCCUGAUAAGCAACUGAUAAGUCACGGACAUACACAUUUUUCAGUUACAGCAGAUCUUAGCUAUAACUGCGCACCAUCUAUAUACCACCAUGAAAUAUAAUUAUUUUGUUGUUCUUUUUUUAUUUCUUUUCACAAUUAUCUUUUGCAAGCCAAUUUUUAGAAAUGGAAAGGAAACACACAACAAGCUUCUUGUCAUAUCCUUUGAUGGAUUUCGUUGGAAUUAUGACCAAGAUGUUGACACUCCACUACUGGAUUACCUGGCUGAAAUAGGUGUGAAAGCAAAACACAUGACCCCACCAUUUGUAACAAUGACAUCUCCAUCUCAUUUUACUACAAUCACUGGACGCUGGAUGGAAGAUCACGGUGUCACCCAUAAUUUGAUGCAUAAUCCUGAUACUCUUCAGAAGAUUUCCUUUAAGAAAACACAAAACAUGUCUGAAUGGUGGGAUAAUGGGGUAUUGCCUUUGUGGAUUACUGCACAAAAUCAGGGGUUAAGAGCAGGCUCCCUUCAUUUUCCAGGAGGAAAUGCUAAUUACAGUGGGAAAACGGUGUAUAAAGCUUUGGCAGAGUUGGAAGACCAUCCUGACAGUGACGAGCAGGAAUGGAGAGAUAACAUAGAUAUAGUUAUGAAAUGGUUCACUGAUGAUGGUCUUGACUUUGUAACCCUCUACUAUGGAGAGCCUGACAAAACAGGCCACUUAUGGGGUCCAGAAACUGAGCAGAGGAAAACAAUAAUAAAGCAAAUAGAUCGAACCAUUGGUUAUCUCCUAAAUUCCAUUGAGAACAACAACUUAAAAAGUAAAUUAAAUGUAAUUAUUACAUCUGACCAUGGCAUGACAACCAUCAAGAAAGAACCUAAUGUAACAGAAGAGAUUUUACUGUCCAAGUACAUUACUUUUAAAGACCUUGUGCAGUUUGACUUAUUGGAUUAUGGUGGCUUUGGUAUGAUUUUACCAAAAGAAGGACGGGAAGAAGAAGUGUAUCAAAAACUUAAAGGUGCACAUCCUCAUUUAAACGUAUAUAGGAAGCAGGAAUUCCCAGAACGCUUCCAUUUUUCCACACACAACCGUAUAUUGCCAAUUCUGCUUUAUGGAGAUCUCGGCUACAGUGUGAAUAGUAGAGUGAUUUUUUAUGUUAACAAAGGAGAUCAUGGAUUUGACAACAAAGAAAUGGAUAUGCAAAUGAUAUUCCGAGCAUUUGGUCCAGAUUUCAAGAAAAAUUACACUUCUGAACCAUUUGAAAGCAUACAUAUAUACCCUCUGAUGUGUAAACUUCUGGGUAUUAGUCCUGAACCCCACAAUGGGUCCCUCACAAUUACGCAAGAUUUGCUUGCAAUUUCAAAUGACUUUGAAGACCAGCCUAAAGACCAGAAAUGGCGCGUCUGCACAGUGAGUGUUCCUGAGGGGGAUGUCGCUGUUAUUUCAACCAAAGAGCCGUCAGCAGACAUCGCCACUGCUAUUACCUCCACUGUAUCUAUCUCCGCUCCACCUGUCCAAAGGAAGGUGGGAUAUGUGAAGGCCUCCCGCAGCCGUGGUCGAGGUCUGGCCAGAGGUACCAGUUCAUUUGGGUCAGAAAAAGUGUCUACUAAAGCUUUGGUGAGCAAGUCCCCAGCUUCAUGUGUGCCCCCUGGACAGGGAAAUACCAGAACUUUGCCACGGCUUGCCCGGUUACAAAGAUUACUCAAUAAAAGGGUAGCCACUGAAUAUGGUUUGGAGUUUCCUUAUGUUCCUAAGGAGAUCAUGCAGGAGAUUGAGUCCAGCAGAGAAAAUUGGUACAGUGAAGCUGUUUGGGACUACUUAUCCGUACCAAAACCUUUCCAGUGA